AUGAACAGUACUUCCGCGCCCUUGACCAAGGAGUACGCCCCGAAGACGACCACAAGCCUCCCGCGCGACCGACGAGUCGAUUUCUGCAUCCACAUCGAACCUGACACGCCGCAACAUGUGAUUCCAACCGUCCUCCGCAGUCCCUCGCAGUCCAUCAACCACACCGAAUACGCAGCAUUACUGCACAAACCCAUCGGCAUUGCCAUCGAGACCAAGCUGACAGGGGCCGAUUGGGAAACAGCAAGGACCCAGGUUGGCAUCUGGCUUGCUGCGCAAUGGAACCGACUUGAUGACCUGGUUUGGAGCAGGGGCAUCGGUGUUGAACACACCUCUCCCGCUGUCGCUGCUGGGCUUGUAUUCCUGCCAGCAGUCAUCAUUCAGGGACACCAAUGGUCCUUUGUUGCCUUUACGCGUGACAGGGAUGGCGUUGCUAGACUGUGGUGCCAGCUGCCGUUUGCUUCGACACGGAGUGUCAAAGGCGUCUACCAGGCUGUCGCUGGUCUCCAGCUGUUGAGUCGAUGGUUGCGGGAAGAGUAUUGGCCUUGGUUCCGUCAAAUCAUCCUGGGACUAUGA